CACUUCUUAUAUGCAAAUCAGGGGGCGUGGCUAUCUCUCACAUUCAGAACAGACAACAGAGCCGUGGGCAAAAAGAGGCUGGCAGUGGAAGGACUAGAAGUUAGAAGCUAGCUAGUUAGCUAGCUAGUUGUAGCAGAUAAUGUCAAUAGGGUCCUUACUGGUUAAUUCAUUACAAUGUCUGAGAAAAGUAUCUCAGACUUAUUGAGAGCGGCUGCCAACUGCCUCGAUGGGAUGGAAACCACCACCAACAACCGACCACCACCUAGAGCUGCAGAAGUGGGAACCCCAAGCACAAGAACCCCUGUCCAAGCUGAAGUGGCGAGACUUUUCGCUCCCUACAGUGCUAGGCCAGCAAGACCUACAACAACAAUGGCACCUCCUGCUAAAAGAUUAUGUCGGACGACGUAUACACACACUUUCUUUUGCCUGAGUGACCAUAUGGGGGACAAAGUUCCAGCAAAAAGUGCCAAAUUGGAAUUAACAGCUGCUGGACUUGGAGAGAAACGGAUCGCAUUUCAAGUAAGAGAGGAAGAUCAUAAAAGUUUCCGCGACAAAAUUGAGGAAGUCUUUCCGCAGUUGAAAGAAACAGGGGGGUUUCAACUGCUCAGGAUUUCUGGGACAACACGGAGCAGAGAUUUAACCCCAAUCCCAAGCCCAGAUGAAGGAUACACUGUCCGGUACCUCUCCAACCCUGCAACUGGCAUUGGACAUGCCAUGAUUUACAUCAGGCCAUUGCAAAAAAGUAUUGUUUUGGAAUGUAUCCCAACAUCCUUGCAACACCAAGGGCCGCUGACCAGAUGCUUAACUUGUGACAAGGAUUUCCCAUUAAAUCAGAUGAGAAAUCACAUUGCCAAGUGUCCAUGUUUGCCCAGUGUUGCAGCAGCUUCUUCUGUUGACACUCAGAGUGAGCAAGCAGUAAAUACUUCAAGCAGGACAGAGGAGCCAUCUUGUAGCAUCAGUGAACCUAGGACAGAGAAGCAGUCCUCGUCCUGUAGCAUCAGUGAAGCCGUGAAAGUGCCAUUAGAUUUAGAUUGGAAGUCUGAACCAGAUGCAGCGAAAGCUGCAGAGCUAUACAAGUCCAAAUUACUUUACGAAAACGAGAACAAAAAAGCCAUCCUGCUAAGAAUGGACCUGCGGGACUCAGCAGAAGACCAUCAGAGAUCUUUAAUCUCGACCUACAAGGCUCCAAAGACAGAGUGGGCUAGCCCUCUCAAUUGUAAAUUGGAAGGGGAUGCAGCUGUCGGAGAGGGAGUCAACAGGUUCUUCCUCUCAAAAGCAAUGACCCUUCUCCAGUUUGGAUUGCACAUAAAUUUUGGGAACACCAGCCUCACACGGAUGUUUGAUGGAGAACCAGAUCACCUAACUCCAUCAACCGCUCAAUUCCUUCUGGAUAGUGACAUGUUCCUCGUGGCAGGAAGGAUGUUGGGCCACUCAUUCCUACACAGUGGACCCUGUUUAUCUGGCCUUAGUCCUGCAAUAGUUCAUGUGUUGUUUGGGGGAUCACCAGAAACUACAACAAUCCAAAUUGCAGAUUGCCCAGAUAUUGACAUCUGCACUACUAUCCAGUCGCUGGAGGGCAGUGCUGAGUUGACAAAAGAGGAAGAGAAAGCUGUCUUUGACCUUGCCUUGUCCUGGGACCUACCUGGUGUUACCAAAACCAACCGGAAGUGGCUGCAUGAGCGGCUUCUAUUCCAUGCUGUGAUUUCACGAACAAGCCGUCAAGUAAAGCAGCUAAGAAAAGGACUAAAGGAGACCAUGGUUUGGCCCCUUCUGAAGGAGAGAGCAGACAUCAUACCCACAUUUUUCCCAAGGAAUUCAGAGGCUGCUCUCAGUUCUCAUUUAAUCAUACAAAAGAUCUUGUGGCCUGUGAUGGAAGAGGAGGAUGAGGAAGAAGUCUGUUUGGAGGACAAAUGCAGAGUGGCAGGGUACCUGCGGUUCUUCAUUGAAAAUGCUUCCUGUACACAGCUCAAAAGACUCCUCCAAUUCUGGACAGGAUGGGAACUCCUGCCCAGUGAACUAGCACUGGAAGUGGUCAGCAGUGACUUUCCCAAGUCUUCGACAUGUUUUGAAACACUUCGUCUUCCUGCACACUACAAUGACUACAAAGCUUUUGCUAGUGACAUUCAGGCCUGCCUCAACUCCACUGACACAGGCUUUGGUCUUAUUUAGGAUGGACUCGAUGUCACAAGUCACUUAAACAAAGUUUAAUUUAGUUUAGUAUUAUGUUCAUGGGAGGUGUGGGGAUUUUAUUACAGACCAUUACGGUUCCAUUUCUUGGUCUAGUUCAGUUACACUCAGGUUCACAAUAAAUGUUGGCCCAGCUAGACGUGCUCCAAACCAAAAAGUGCAGUGCAGUCUUUAGGGCUGCUCCUUCUUAGUCGAUUAGUCGACUUAGUAGGUUGUUUUGGUCAACCUAGAUCGCUUUAGUCCAUUAGUCAUGUCUGAUGCUGUUUUCAUGCUGAAUGACUUAUUUCCAAGAAACGUACGAGCACAUC